UCUCCUUCUCUCCUGUUGUAGGUUUCUGCGUUGCUCUCCUUUUGAUGAAUACAAGGUGUGGAAAUUCCAGGUAGAUAACAAUACAAAGAAGGGAGGAGAGAGGCUGAGCCUGUUAACCAGAAGCCUCUUAUUACGGAGAACUAAGGACCAGCUGGAUUCAGCUGGCAAGCCCUUGGUAUCUCUGCCACAGCGUAGCACUCGGUUGCAUCAGUUAAAACUUUCAGCAGAGGAGCAAGCGGUGUAUAAUGUGCUCUUUGCAAGAUCCAGGUCAACACUACAGUCCUAUCUAAAAAGACAAGAGCAGAAGAAUCAGUGCAGAGAGUAUUCUGGUGGUAACCCAUUCGAGAGAGUUGCACAAGAGUUUGGAGCCAGUCAAAAGGAACUUCUAGCAGGCUCCCAAAGUGCCUCCCAGGUCUCAAGUACUGUUCAUGUCUUGUCUAUGCUUUUGAGACUUCGUCAGUGCUGCUGCCACCUCUCUUUACUGAAAAUGGCUUUGGACCAAGUUAACUUGGCCAGUGAAGGCCUUUCCCUCUCCCUUGAGGAACAACUUAGUGCUUUGACCCUGUCUGAGCUCCAGACUCCUGAUUCCAAGGCGACUGUCUACCUCAGUGGCACAGCUUUUAAAAUGGAUCUCUUUGAAAUCACCAGGGAGAGCACCAAGAUAGCUCACCUCUUGGCUGAACUGAAAAUUAUCCAGACUUGCUCAGAGUCUCAGAAAAGUGUUAUUGUGUCUCAGUGGACGAGUAUGCUGAAAGUUGUGGCUGUGCACCUCCAGCGACUAGGCCUGAAGUACGCUACAGUGGAUGGCUCUGUCAAUCCUAAACAAAGAAUUGAUGUGGUGGAAGAGUUCAAUAACAAUCCCAAAGGGCCUCAGGUAAUGUUGGUCUCAUUGCUGGCUGGAGGCAUUGGUCUGAACUUGACUGGAGGAAACCACCUCUUUCUCCUUGACAUGCACUGGAAUCCUGCUCUCGAGGACCAGGCAUGUGACCGCAUUUACCGAGUGGGGCAGCGGAGGGAUGUUGUGAUACACAGGUUUGUUUGUGAAGGAACGGUGGAAGAAAAGAUAGCAGAACUCCAGACCAGGAAGAAAGAUCUUGCCCAGCAGGUGCUAUCAGGCAAAGGAGAGUCCUUCUCUAAGCUCACUCUGGCUGACCUCAAAAUUCUCUUCGGCAUCUAAUUCAUCCUUUACAACAGAAAGGGAAAGCAGUUUUGUAGCUAGGAGUAUCUGAGGAGACUUCAGCAAAGAACUGCUGUUUAAAGUGGUCCUUUAUUUUGAAAAAAGCUAACUUUUUUUUUUAAAACUGUUUCAGGAAAGGAAGUUAUUGGCUUCCGGAAUUUGUUUUAAUACUAAAAUCAAAUAGUGUGUCCAAAGAUUAAUAAAAUUAUAAAUUAAGCUAUUGCUUAAAAUACUUUUGAAUCAAUAUUAAAAACAACCACUUGCUUGUUU